AUGGCAUUGCUGCUGAACCAAGGGUGUCUUCCGUGGACUGGUCCCAACAGAGGUACCAGCACUCGCAAGAAGUCUUCCGCGCAAACCAAACUACACUAUAGUGAGAAUGUAACGACUGAUAUUAUUUCGAAUGGUAGAGUCCCUCGUAAUCAAAGCGGUGUGGAUGCGUUUUCAAUUCUUGACGACGAAAGUGACUUUGAUUCCAUUUUGUUUGCUGCUGGCGACGAGCGCCAGGCCACGGUAUCGUCAUUGCCAACAGUGGCACGUCAACCCACCAAAAACUCAUCCACACGGUCUCUGCAAGAUUCAGUACAUCAAGCGAUAGACCAAGUUCACGGAAUUAUGGAUCUAUACGAGCUGGCUCCGCAAUCCGUGGCAUCAGAGAUUGUCAUGGCAGCCGUGGACGGAGUCAUACACAAGAUAUCCAAGGACAAUGCACACUUACAUGGCGACGGUUGCAUUAUAGAAAAGCUAGAGGCACUGGUCUGGAGAUCCUCGACACUGCAGGUGCCGCUGGGAUCCAUCAUGUCAUUGAAAAUGCUGUUGACUAUGCAGCUUCAAGCCCACGAGUGGUUUAGUAGGCGGCAAUCAGCAGACUCUAACCAACAGUACAUUGACAGAGCGGCCAAGAUCCUGCUGCAAUAUUGUCAAGGAUCAUCAUCUAUGCCGCAAGGAUCCUUCCUCUGGCCGAAUGAAGACAUACGAAGUCUCUUUCGAUUUGCCACGACAACCACCACGGGGAUGACUAGUUGUCUCUGGGAACUGUUUGAAUACCUUCAUGAACAUGUACCACACCAGAUACAGGUACAAGAGAUUCGGAGAGAAUGCUUCAAAGUCUUGGCCAUCUCAGGAGAGUUGUGGUCCAAACACCAAUACAAACUCUUGCUAGAUCUGGAACAGCAGUACCUAGCAACCAACAACACGCGCCACUUGGUUGGUGAUGAAGAGCUGGGUCUAGCACUCUCUUAUGCCGCUACUGCAGGUGAUGCACUGCUUGCAACGUGGCUCUUUCGCAAACUCUACCCGAGAGAAGGCAGAAAGCAACGGUUGUGGGGCUUUCUACUUGAAGCGUAUGCCAACAGCAACGAAGAAGGCUCCAUCGCCUACAUGGAGCAACUUGUGCGAUCAGAAGAAGAGACACAGCACAGAGACUUGUACAACAUUGUCCUCAGAGCACGAGCAAGACGAAGGAGUCCUGGGUCGGGGUUGCUGGCAGAAGAGUUUUUGAUGCACAUCGAACAUCUCAUGAAUGACAGUGAACCUACCAAGAAGUCAUCCCUACAGCCAAACAUGGAAACUGCAUAUCACAUUGCCUCUGCCUAUCUAUGGGAAGAACCAUUGACCUUUCGCAACGUCGCAGACGCUGACAGCAGUGUCCGCCGCCUAUGUUCUAGCUACAAUCUGACUCGGCAAUCCAAGCAAAGAUCGUGGCCUGUCUUUGAGGAGUUGCUGGAUUACUACGCCGAGCUCGCUCAAAGGGGGGACCACAGAGCCAUACCGUCAGCGAUAGAUCUUUGUCGUUUCUAUCUUUUGCAGCACCGGGACGAAAGGAUCCUCGAAAGCCCCUCAUCGAGGCACCUCGAGUCAAUUUUGUCAGUGUUGAAUCAAAUGCCCCUUCAACGCAACGCAGAAACAAGUGUGGAGUUCUUUCGGUUAUUUGAGCAAUUAGAACAAACUGAUCUGGUCUCGGUUGCCAUCAUCACCACCGAAGCCAUUUGCACUUUACUGGACACGUUGGCCAGGAGUGACGAAAGAGCAAAGUAUGGUGAUCUCGCGGAAGAGUUGUUCGAAAGAGCCUUGGAAGAAGCAGAUGAGCUCCAGGCCGACGAGAUUGAGACCUUGUCGAAACAGGUGGCUCGGUGCCAAACCCGGACAGAACCCGCAGUCAAUCCCUCCCUUCAGACAUGA